AUGAGGGAACGACUAAAGAGAAAGAGAGAGAAUAAUUUAUCAGGAACGAAUGGACAAGUAUAUGGACCAAAAACAGUGGCCCCAGAGGUGAAGUACUGGGCCUGGAGGUUAGAACAACGGCAUAUAUUGAAUAUGACUAUAGAACUUAUUAGAGAUACAACAUACAAACUGAAACACGCUGAGCGAAUACAAGACGAACAUAAACACAGCAUAGGUUAUGAACUGGGAACUAUAGCUGCGGGGAUCUUGGAGCGAUUUCUAUACAUGCUCAAAUUGUAUAGAUACUACGCGCAGAUAAAACAUUUACAAGAAGACAAUGUGUUGGUGGAGGAUUAUAUGAUUGCUCUGCACAAUUGUCAAGGCGCCUACCACGAGAUCCAACUCGAAAAAGAGAUGUUCUUCCAAAUACUACAAGCACAUAAACAUAUAGACCCUAAGAAAAGAAUUGAAGACAGGAUACGAAAGAAGUUAACCAAACAUACCAUGGUAACCAUAUCUUGGUUCACGAAAGGUUAUCGACGCAUGAUGAAUAAAGCUUGGAAACCGGCGGAGGCAAAAUUUGAUGUUGAUUUUCAGUUGAAAUAAAUGGUUUCG